AUGGCGCAGGUCGCGGCGAAUGGCGCGCGUCAGCCGCUGCUGCAGCUGCUGCGCGGCCCGAGCGGCAAGCUGUGGGAGGUCUGCAUCGGUCUGGAGGUGCACGCGCAGGUGCAGACGCGCUCCAAGCUCAUGAGCGGCGCCGCGGCGGCCACGCUCUCGUCCGCGCGGCCCAACCGCCACGUCAGCUUCUUCGACGCGGCGCUGCCGGGCACGCUGCCGGUCAUCAACCGCGAGUGCGUGCACCAGGCCAUCCGCACGGGGCUGGCGGUGGACGCCACGGUGCACCCGCGCUCGUUGUUCGAGCGCAAGCACUACUUCUACUGCGAUCUGCCGCUCGGCUACCAGCUGACGCAGCAGCGCGCGCCGGUGGCGUCCGGCGGCGCGCUGCACUUCGAGCUGCCGGCGUCCGCGGAUGUGAUCCCGAGGAGUGUGCGGAUCACUCGUAUCCAGAUUGAGCAGGAUUCAGGCAAGAGCAACCACGACUUGGAGGAGCACAGCACCGUGGUGGACCUUAACCGUGCGGGUACGGCGCUGCUGGAGAUCGUGAUGGAGCCGGAUCUCCGCAGUCCUCUAGAAGCUGGUCAGGUGAUGCGUCAACUGCAGCAUUUGCUGCGCCACUUGGACGUGUGUGAUGGAAACAUGGAGGAAGGCUCGAUGCGAUGCGACUUGAACGUGAGCGUCCGCCCGACGAAUCUUGGAGAAGAGGCCGAUGUUGAAGCGCUACAUACCGCACUCACUUCCAGCACUGCGCCGCCGUUCGGUGAGAGAGUCGAGGUUAAGAACAUGAACAGUAUUCGCAACAUGAUGCGUGCCGCGGAGUAUGAAGCCAGGAGACAGAUCGCGCUGAUCGAGGAGGAAGGAGGAGAGGUGCACCGCGAGACGCGUUCGUUCGAUGCCGUCACCGGAGAGACCAAACGCAUGCGAUCGAAGGAGGGAGCCAAGGAUUACCGUUUCUUCCCGGAGCCUGACCUGCCCCGGCUUGUCGUCCCGGAACAGCUUAUCCAGGAAAUUAGUGAAAGUCUGCCUGAGCUUCCAGAUGCAUUGAAGGACCGCCUGUGUGCUCAGUACGACCUCACGCCGUACGAGAGCUCCGUUUUGGUGAAUGAGCCUGGUGCAGCGCAGUAUUUCGAAACUGUUGCGUUGGAGAAAUCGCGGCCGUCCAAGAUGGUUGUCAACUGGGUGCUGAACGAUUUGUUUGGACACCUGAAGGCAACGAACGGCGACAUUGCCGGAAGCCCUGUUCAGGCCACGGAGCUGGGAGGUCUCAUUGAUUUGAUCCAGGACGGCACGAUCUCCGGCAAAAUUGCGAAGGACGUGCUGGAGCUCAUGUUCUACGAAAACGAAGCGAAGAAGACGCCCCUGCAGAUUGUUGAGGAGAAGGGCUGGAAGCAGAUUCAGGACCCGGAGGAGAUCCGCGCACUCUGCCAAGCCGUUCUUGAUGAUCCGAAGAACCUGGACGCGUACUGGAACGGCAAGACUCAGCUCUUUGGGUUCUUCAUCGGUCAGGUCAUGAAGCGCUGCGGUGGUCGCGUUCACCCGGAGCUUGCGAACACCAUUAUGCAGGAGGUUCUGGAGGAGCACAAACAAUAG